UUAUGUGGUCCACUGUCAAUUUGAAUCAAACUACUAACUAGCACUCCGUAGAGAAGUCCUAAAGCAGUAUUCCAUUAUCAGGGCUCCACAAUAUCUUGCGUCAUAACGUCGGAACUGAACCGAUAGGAUCCAUAUACCCGAGAAUAUUGAUUAGCAUCUCUUCCACUUUGAUGAUUUUGUGUUUUGUGCCAAAAAGAACAGAUUCAGAUCAAGCAUUCUACUCUAAACUUUGAUGAAAAAGUAAAAGUCCACUCGUUAAUUGCCAACCAUAACCUACACUGGGUGAUUACUGGUGCACUGACGAACACGCUUUCCGAUAUCCAAUAACCGGAUGCCAACUCCAGACCAAAGACGAAUAGUCUCCAAUGGCCCUAUUCAGCGAACACGAAGGCCAACAAUGGCCUCAAAUCUGCCAACUCCUUCUGGCCGUCGGACUGACAUCGCUGAUCGGAAUCGAGCGCCAACUGCGUCAAAAGGCUGCUGGACUACGCACCAACACGCUCGUCGGAAUGGGGUCCGCUCUCUUCAUGCUCAUGUCCAAAUACGGCUUCACGGACAUUUUGGCCCGAUACAUGAUUGUGCUUGACCCGUCGCGAAUAGCAGCUCAGAUCGUCUCUGGGGUCGGAUUUAUCGGUGGAGGGAUCAUAUUCAAGCAAGCUUCGGAUGUGAGGGGCCUCACGACGGCGGCGGCGGUGUGGUUGAGUGCCGCGAUCGGAUCGGCGUGUGGUGCAGGACUGCCUAUACUGGCAGCCAUCACGACUGGGUUGUAUUUUGUGACGGUGUUAGCUUAUCCGUUGGUAUGGUACUCGAUCGAGAGGGUGAGGAAGCGGAAUGCAUUGGUCGAGUCAUGUAUUACGGUGCGGUAUCGUCGAUCAGAGAUGGGCUUGGAGCCGAUUCUGGAGGGAGUGUUGAAAGCCGGCGCGGAGUCGGUCCAGGUUAGGAGGAUCGAAGAGGUGGUAAUGUCAUCUAUACACAGUCCAGUCGUGGGCACGAUGGAGAGAUUGGAGAGACCAGCAACAAGACAGUCGACGGCUAACAUGCCUGGAGUCUCGCCGUUGCCACCGCCAAUGGAGAGUCAGGGGUAUUACAGUCGAAUUUUCGAUCUGCACAUCGUGGUGAGAGGACAUGAAUCGCCAAAUGAGCUUAUAGUUGGGCUAUCGCAGCUGAACUCUGUUGUUGGUGUGUGGAUUGAGGGAGAUACAGGAGAUGAGGUAUAGGAGGAUCCUAAUUGGACCAAGGGAUACCAUAUUAUUCGAUUUAGAUGAUGCAGAAAAGGGCAUCUUACUGGAAACAGGUACUAUUAGGAAGUUUUAAACUAGACCAGUGUCCCGAUGUGGAAUAUCCUUCAUCUACUCAUAGGUUCACAAGGCUCAUGUGACAAACCAAAUAAUCCAUCGUCUCAC